AUUGCUAUUGCUUACUUUUUCUUAACUUUCUAGAUGUUGAAAUUAAUUACAUGUAAAUGGCCAAAUACUAGUCUUAACGAUUAGGUAUUACAUACCUGCUUCUGUGCGAAACUUUCUCAUUUAGACCUCUAUAUAACCCAAAUACCCUACCAGGUUUUUGGCACACACUCAACACUGCCUUCCUUCUAAGUUCAAUCAAAUUAAGCGACGAAAUGGCAGCUUCAAUUUCUCACUCUGCCUCUUCAUUCCUAUUCAUAGCCUCAUUUGCUGUUCUCGUGAUUUUCACGGGGAGCUCCUCUGCUCAACUCUCUAAAAAUUUCUACUCUAAAAGCUGUCCACAGGUGUUUAGCACCGUUCAAUCGGUUCUGCAUUCUGCGAUUUCAAAACAACCCCGCCAGGGUGCUUCUCUGCUUCGCCUCCACUUUCAUGAUUGUUUUGUCAAUGGUUGUGAUGGGUCGGUACUCUUGGAUGACACUCCAACUUUCACAGGCGAGAAGACAGCAGCUCCCAACAAUGGAUCAAUUAGGGGAUUCGAGGUUGUUGAUGAAAUCAAGUCCGAGAUCGAGAAAGAAUGCCCCGGAGUGGUCUCAUGUGCUGAUAUCUUAGCCAUUGUUGCUCGGGACUCUGUCAAAAUUCUCGGUGGGCCCAAAUGGGAUGUCAAGCUUGGAAGAAGAGAUUCUAAAACGGCAAGCUUUUCUGCUGCCAACAGUGGGGUCAUCCCUCCCCCCCUUUCUACCCUCAGCAAUCUCAUUAAUAGAUUUCAAGCAAAAGGUCUCUCUACCAAAGACAUGGUUGCCUUGUCCGGAGCCCACACAAUUGGGCAAGCAAGGUGUACAGUUUUCAGAGAUCGCAUAUAUAACGAUACCAAUAUUGAUAGUUCAUUUGCCAAGACUAGGCAAAAUACAUGUCCAAGGACUACUGGCCUUCCAGGAGAUAACAGGAUUUCACCUUUAGACCUCAAAACUCCUACAGGUUUUGACAACUAUUACUACAAGGACCUCAUCAGCCAGAAGGGUCUUCUUCGCUCUGAUCAACAAUUGUUCAAUGGUGGAUCCACUGAUUCAUUGGUUAAAAAAUAUAGCGAAGAUACUGAGACUUUCUACUCUGACUUUGUCGAGGCAAUUAUCAAAAUGGGAGACUUACAGCCUCUCACUGGAUCGAGUGGUGAAAUCAGGAAGAACUGCAGGAUGGUGAAUAAUCAGUGGAGGUGAUUUUCCAGAAAAAAAAAAAAUAAUUUAGAAAUGAAUUACUGAAGAUUUAUUUCUCUUUUUAUUGAAAAAAGCAAUUUCCAAUACUAGCCCCACUGGAGGGCAAUUUGUUUGUUUGUGCUGUAGUACUUUGAGUGAAAAUUUGUAAACUUAUUUAUUUGUAGAACUUGAAAUUUGUUUGGAUUAUUGCUAAAUUUAAUAAAUUCCCUUUUGCCUUGGUUA